CAAAAAAAUGUUCCGUUGAUACGGAAACCCCCCAAAUUCCUUCCCUCCCUUUGUCUAGGGUUUUAAGCAUAAACCCCUCCAAAAUCAUCAAUUCCAAUUUCAUAAUUUGAAUUCUCACCCAACCCGCAAUUCCCGGAAUUUCACGUUUAAUGUGUUCAUUGCCCUGCAAAUUCCCGCCACUAUGAACUCUCAGCAACAAAAUCAGGAUUCCAUGUUGAGAGAAUCGAUCAAGCACUUCUUAACUUCAUACCACACCGGCAGCUCGGAUUUCUCCUCUUUCGAGUCCAUUUUCUUCCGUUUGAUCCAGACAAUGCUCGACCCCCCACUCGAAAUCACUUGGUUCUACGCCGCAGUCACAUUUCACACCGCGAAGCGUAACAGCCCUUCCUCUAGGGUGCUGAUAGCUAAGGAUUUGUUGAGUUUAUUCAUUCGGUGCUCUAAUUUGAGCAGCGCGUCGAAGAAGAUCGCGCUGCUGGCCCCUGUUGUAUAUGAUUUGUACAGUAUUGUGUGUGAUACUAGGGCGAUUGAGCCGCCCGAGAGGAUUGAGGUUGGGAAAUUGGUGGAGGAUAUGGUUUCCCACGUGAUGGUAUCUGCUGGGGUUUACAAUUACGGGAGCGAGGAUGCCGAGUGUGAUAAUGCUGUAGUGUGUUUCGAGGAUUUGGUCCGCGUUUGGACUACUGAUCGAGGUGGGGGGAGUUGCAACUUUGGCGAAGCUUUGAGGAUGUUCUUCCCUCUUUUGAGUGACGGAACUUGGAAGAGGAUGAAUGCUGGUUGUGGGAUGCGGGAGCUCGUGGGGAUCGUUCUGUUGGAAGUGUUCUUUCUCAGGAUUUACAUGAGUUUUAGUUCCGGGAUGUGUACAGAGGAUAUCCUGAAGGAUACACGAGAGCAAGCGGUUCAAACAAUCAAGGGGUUCCGGAACGUCUACUUUUUAGAUAUGCUCCUCAAGAUGCUGUCAGGACCCACCUUGCCUAUUGUAGCCUCAAUGAGCCAUGUAGAUGGAGUUCUUCUACAUAAAGUGUUAUAUGAUGCUGUUAUUUUGGUCGCCUAUCCAUUUCAUUCCGGGAGGUGGGUCCAGUCAUCUGUCAGUCAAUUGAAGAAGUUGGCUCUAGCAUGGGUGUUGGCGGUUGACCGCGCCAUUGAGUUUGCUAGGGCUGCAACAGAUCAACCUCGGGCCAUUUCUUACCUUAAUGCUUUCAGAGAAUGUCAAUUGGUGGCUGAGUUAAUAAAGUGGGUCUGUAAUCAAGCUAGAAUUUUUGACUUUAAUACCAUACCCGACGUCACCAAUCCCAGAGCUCUAAUCCAGUGGCUAUUUGUCCUUAAUGGUCAGGGGAUUGAUAUAUUCGAUCAUAGCAUGGCAAAGCUCUAUGCAAAGGCAGUGGAGAGUGGGCCACCUGAACUCACACUCCGUACAGGUAAUCUGAAUGUGCUUAUCAUUGAUCUCACCACGAGUGGUGAAAGCGAGGACAGAGAAAUGGGCAAUGAGCCUGACAACGGUGCUCUAGGGGGCCUUUGCCCGGCAACUGCAAGCGCGAAAAAUGGCAGUGGCAGAAAGCGCAAAGAGGCUCUGAGUGGUUCACGCAAACAACAGGUGAAGCAGGUCAAGCUCGAUCAUCUUGGAAGUGCUGUUAGGAACAAUUUCUUAUCUUUAUCCAGUGGCGGUGGACCAGAUAGCGACACCGUCUUGGUUGAGAACAUUUCCUCCGAUGAUGACAUGGACCUCGCAGGAUGAGUUUCCGUGCAGGAUGGUGGAUUUGGCCUUGUUCGUUGCAAUCCAAGUGUUGGCCUCUUCUUUCACAGCUGAUGUGAAAAUACAGUCAUUGCAAUGACAAGGACCAUAACUAUGUUACUUUGUGUUCUUCAAUAAAAAACAUGAAACUUGACAUGAUGCUAUGCCAUUUGAAACAUGCUUGAUUUUUUUCUCUUGCA